UUGUUCCAUUGUUGCUGCUUGUGCUGUCUUUCUUUGACACUCACAGAGGAGGUAGUUGAAGGACAUUUGAGUUAGAAUAGCUACAGGACAUGAACAAAUGUGGUUUUGUGGCGAGCAUUCCUUGGAUGGCAGCUUCCCGUCCUCCCCGAGCGAGGACAGGGUCUCCAAGCGGCGGUCCUGCAGUACUUUGCUGCACAGGCUGACACAGCUCAAGUCUUCCAAGCAGGGACGGUGCAACAGUGAAAGUGGUUCUGUAUUGGACAUGUCGCUGUCAGGAUCUGAAAGCAGCUUCUUCUGUUCCCCCCCGGAGGAGACCCUGUCUGCAGACGUGGUGGCCACCAUCGCACAAUCCCUCCAGCAGGCGUCACACCUCCUGGGCUGCUCCGCACUCAUCAUCCCAGACUCUUUGCUGGACCUCUUGGGUCAGGAGCUGGUCCGCCUGGCGGUCAGCGAGCCCUGCGGCCUGAAGGGGGCGCUAAUAGACGUGUGCGUGGCCAGGGGAGAUCCGGGGGAGCCGUGCACCGUGGAUCAGAUCGCGGUGGACGCCGGCCUGGUCCCCACUUUCCACGUCACCCUGGUGCUGAGAGCCGAGUCUGGAGGACUGUGGCCCAAAGUGCGGGGGUUCUUCAAAGGCGGCGAGACGUACGGGACGCCUGCCUGCCGCUCUUUGAGACUGAGCCCCAGUUUCAGGGCCAUGAAGAGGAAGUUGUAUUGUUCGGGGGAGCUUCUGAUUGAAGAGUGCUGCUGAGGACUCAGGACUUGGAGCAAACUAACAGCACUCGGCGCACAAUCCCUGGAACCACUUUGUGAAGAAGGCAGCUGCUCACCUGCGGGUGAACUCGCUCUUGAUGGAGCACGGCAGUAUUUGAUGAGCUUUUUUGUACUGGAAACAAUAAAUUAUUUUAUAUACAUAA